AGUCAAUAUGCAAAAAAGAUGGCUGUAAAACUUAGAUAAACCAGUAUGCUAUUUCUCCUUCCUUGUCUGCCUUUGUAGAUGUUUCAUCUUUCCUUCUCUUUUCCCUAUCUCUCAGUGACCAUGGACAGCUCUCCGAUCCCCUCUUUCACUCAGCUUCAUUCCACCAUGACCACAGCACCUCUCCUGCUACUACGUGUUGCCCUGGUGCUAUUUGGGCAUGUGCAUGGAGCCACAUUAAGAAAUGAAGACAAAUGGAAGCCACUCAAUAACCCCAGAAACAGAGAUUUGUUUUUCAGAAGCCUUCAGGCAUAUUUUAAGGGCAGAGGUCUUGAUCUUGGAACGUUUCCAAAUCCUUUCCCCAUGGAUGAGAACCCUAGACCCCUCUCUUUCCGACCAGAACUUCUUGCUUCUGCAUUUGCAGAUUGUGAAGAGCAGAAAAACUCCUUUCACAGUUAUCUCAAAGGCUGAAAGUUUCUUCUGAGUCCAGGUGUCUGGCUAUUUUAAAACUACAGAUGAAGCUUCUCAUUAGAAAAAUUCAACCAUUAUCUUAGCUAAACUUUUGUGGACUUUUUUUUCCCCUUCAUUUUUAUAUUUCAGUUUGUAAUGAUUUUAUUCCACAUUUCCAGAUUUACAUAUAAAUUGCUGGAACUAUGAUUUCUAUGCAUAUUUAUGGAGUGUUUUUCCUGUAUAACCAUAAAUAUUGAUGUAGAACACUGCAUGUAUUUGUAGGAGUUACAAAAACAUCACAAACUGAAAAGAGAUUAUAAUCUUCUAAAUUAGAUGUUUCUUAAAGCUUGUUUUUAAAACUUGUCUUUUACGUUUAUUAUAUUUUAUCAACCAAUAUAUUUUUUGAAAGUGACACAUUCACUUUUUCUAUAGUAAAAUUCAUUAUAUGUGAUGGGGAUUGGUUUUAAAAUUUGUCUUCCUUCCCUGAAAAGAAGAUGCAUCCCCACAUUCAGCACAUACUACUAAAAGACCUCACAGUUUUAGUUUCAUAAGAAAUGAGGGCAAGUGAUAAACAGCUACAAUUAAGUUAAAAUGGAAGCAAACAACAACAACAAACAUGGGAUUCUGGAAGUUGUCAACGCCUCUGAAGAUGCUUUUGCCAAAAUAUUCAGAGGUGGACACUGUGCCACAUCAAAUAUUCUAGCAAUGCCCCAGCCCUUGCUCCCAUACACAACCUCCUCAGUAAGGAAAAGUAGACACAGGUGAUUUCCUCUCUUUCCAACCAGCCCCUGCCCUUCUUACUCUAGCUCAUGCUGAGUUAUUCUGAUUCCCAUAUUCUUAUUUGGAACAGCUACUUUUCCUGUAUCUUUAUAGAUAGCCACAUCUAUAAUGUUGUGUUAAAAAUGCAACAUUGUCCUGACAGUCUGUGCAUUUUAAAAUAGUUUACUGUGACUUUUUUGGUGGAUUAUUGCUAUUGUAUAUGAAAAAAUAAAAUAUUUGUGCAAGAACA